AAGGUCACAUCAAGUUUUGCUAAACGUCAAAAUACUGCAAAAUUAUUGUUUUCGCCUGUUCUACUUCUUUUAUUAAAUAAUGUAUGUUCUAUAAAUAAAACAUAGUAAACAAUAUAUUUUUUGUACCUGAAAUAAUAAUUAAGAUUUAAUUUAUAGCAAUGUCGACCUCGAGUUCGCCGACUGCGGCUCGUCGUACCGCUAGUGAGGUUAAAAAGACAUCUCCUUCAUCUAUUGUUACAAGAAAUGGUGCUAGAAAAGCCAAAAUACAGACACGUGCUAUGGCAGCAGCAAAGCCAUCAGCGUCUGUGGUGGCAGCCAAACGGAAGGCUCAGCAGAAGAAAAAAUUUACAAUGGACACAGUGCUUAGAGAUCCUUAUCAAACGGCCAUGGAGUCUAAAUUCAAAGUGAAGGGUGCUACAGGCUUUGUGACUGACCCUCGGAUGUCUGAACACCGUUGCCUAUGGGAUGAUAACUAUCCGGAGUGUCCCGAAAGACUGAUAAGUGUCAUUAACAGAUGUCAGGAGCUGAAUCUAAUAGAGCAGUGUAAAGUAUAUCCUCCCCGGAGCGCCACCCGCGAGGAGGUGUUGGAACUGCACGCGCCAUCCGUCUACAGUAUGAUGGAGGGAACCCAUCAGAACCAGGACCUGGAGUAUUUGGAGGAACUGUCUGCUGGCUUCGAUGCGGUUUAUAUACACCCUACUACUCACGAGCUGGCUUUAUCGUCUGCUGGUUGUACCCUGGAUAUGGUGGAACGCCUGGUCUCCGACGAGCUGCAGAACGCAGCGUGUAUGGUGAGGCCGCCCGGACACCACGCCAUGAGGGCGGAGCCCUGUGGAUACUGUAUCUACAACAACGCAGCCCUCGCGGCGAAUAGGGCUCUCAAACUUGGGCUACAGAGAAUAUUAAUAGUGGACUGGGACGUGCAUCACGGACAAGCCACACAACAGAUGUUCUACGACGAUCCGAGAGUGGUGUACUUCUCCAUCCAUCGUUACGAGCACGGGGCGUUCUGGCCCAACCUGCGGCAGUCAGACUUCCCUUAUACAGGGAGCGGGCAGGGCGAGGGCCACAACUUCAACGUGCCCCUCAACAACACCGGCAUGACGGACGCGGACUAUAUCGCUAUAUGGCAUCAGUUGUUACUGCCCAUGGCUUUUGAGUUCUCCCCAGAACUGAUCAUAGUGUCAGCUGGUUAUGAUGCCGCACUCGGUGAUGAGAAGGGUGAGAUGGAAGUGACCCCCGCGUGCUAUGCCUCUCUGCUGCACAUGCUGCAGGGAGUGUGCUCCCGCGUGUUGGUGCUGCUAGAGGGCGGGUACUGUCUGCGCUCGCUGGCCGAGGGCGCGGCCCUGACGCUGCGGACGCUACUGGGACACGCGCCGCCCGCCCUGCCGCCGUUGCAAGAACCGUGCGAAUCGAUAAGGGAUUCGAUCCUGAACUGUAUAUACUCACACAAGAAACACUGGAGGUGCUUCAACAACCAGCCGAGCUACAGCACUGACCCCUCCGUGUUGAACACGGGCGAGCGAGGGGCAGGUCAGCAUACAGUGGUCAUGAAGUGGGAAGGGGAUGAGACCAGAGCCGACAGGUUCGCCACCAGGAACUGCUAUCCAUUACAGACCGACGACACCAGGAAGAAGAUCCAGGACAGACUGAACCAUUUACAAUUGGCCACGGACGUCAGCUGCUCCGAGCACCCCGUGUGUUACAUCUACGACCCGGUCAUGUUGAAGCAUCAUAAUGUUUGUGAACCUGGCCACGUGGAGUGUCCAGAACGUAUAAUGCGUAUACAUGAACGGCACAGGGAUUUCGGUCUGUUGGAACGAGUCCACCGCCUGCCGCCCAGGAGCGCCGCCGACGACGAGAUACUCGCUGUGCAUACUGAGAAGUAUCUAGAUAGCCUGAAGGAGUUGUCGAGCACGAAGCUUCGAGAUCUGAACGCACAGAGGAAGUCCUUCGACUCUGUAUAUUUCCACCCUGACUCCUUACAAAGCGCCGCGGCCGCUGCCGGCGCCGUCAUACAGAUGGUAGACGCCGUUCUAAGACACGGCAGUGGCGGAGUGUGCGUGGUCCGGCCGCCGGGACAUCACGCGGACGAGGACGUGCCGAGCGGGUUCUGUCUCCUCAACAACGUGGCGGUGGGCGCCAGGCACGCUCGCGCCGCCCACGGACUGACCAGGAUCAUGAUACUGGACUGGGACGUUCAUCACGGGAACGGCACGCAGAGGAUCACAUAUGAAGAUAAAGAGAUACUGUACAUAUCGAUCCACCGCUAUGACAACGGCUCGUUUUUCCCCAACUCCCCCGCGGCCGACCACACCGCCGUGGGCCAGGGUCGGGGGGAGGGGUACAACAUUAACAUACCGUGGAAUAAACGAGGUAUGGGAGACGCGGAGUAUCUGUCAGCGAUGUGUUCCGUGGUGUUGCCGGUCGCCUACGAGUACGGGCCGCAGCUCGUGCUGGUGUCGGCCGGCUUCGACGCGGCCGUCGGAGAUCCCCUCGGAGGUUGCAAAGUAACGCCGGAGUGCUACGGGCGGAUGACGCACAUGCUGCGGGGUCUGGCCGGGGGGCGGGUCAUCGUGUGUCUAGAGGGCGGCUACAACGUCACCAGCAUAUCGUACGCCAUGACCAUGUGCACUAAGGCCCUCCUCGGAGACCCGCUGCAACAUCAGUACGACCCCAAACAAACGGUCAACCCGUCCGCCGUGGAGAGCAUCAAUAACGUGAUCAGAACACACCAGAAGUAUUGGAAAUCUCUAAAGUUUCAACUAGCCCUGCCCAUGGAGGACGUCAUUGGCCCGCUCCCCAAAUCCAGAGGCUUACCUGACUCCGAGCCGGCGCCGGACCACGCUAAGGUCGUUAGCGACAAACUGAAAAAAUAUGCACACGAUAUUAAUCUAGCGAAAGAAAUAUCAAACUUGAGCAUAAGGAACGACUGCACCGACGGCAUCCACUGCGGCACUGACGACGAAAACGAUGACGGCGUUCAUAAAACUAAAACCAACGACGGCGCCGGCGCCAGCCACGGGACUGGGAGUGCGGGGCCCAGCGGGAAUAAACAGAACCGCACGGGAAGCGAACCCACGACCCUAGUGGACUAUCUCUCGGAGAACAUGCAGGCCAUAGUCAACGAGGAGAUGUUCGCUGUGAUACCUUUAACCUGGUGCCCUCAUCUCGACAUGCUGCACGCCGUCCCCGAGGGCGUGCACUUCCAACAAGGAGUCCAAUGUGUCAGCUGUGAUCACGUAGAAGAGAAUUGGGUCUGUCUGCACUGUUACAUUACCGCCUGCGGCAGACAUGUGAACGGUCAUAUGCAGGACCACUUCAAGGCAGCGCAGCAUCCCUUAUCGCUGUCUCUCUCCGACCUCUCGGUGUGGUGCAGUGUGUGCGACGCCUACGUCGACAACCAUCUCCUCUACGACGCCAAAAACAACGCCCACAGAUGUAAAUUCGGCGAAGACAUGCCCUGGUGCUAUAACAAUACAAUACAAAUGCACUGAUAAUAGUUAACUGUUGGAUUAUGUUAAGGAUAAUUGUAUCUGACGCCAUCAGUAUAAUGUUAGUUUGCGUGUAGUACAAAUUCAUAGUUUAUAAAAUACAUUGACCAUACAAAUAAUCAAUACGUCACAGUGACUAAUAUCCAUUAACUCCUGCUUCGGUUUGGGACAUUAACCAUAAAGUUAUAUAUUUUUUUUUUAUUUCACCGAACAUUAUUUUAAUAUGUAAAUUAUAAAAAAACAUUCUCAUAUUUAUUUUAGUCGUGUAUAUAUUUACAAUCGGUUUUAUUUUAUAUAAUUUUGUACAUUUGUUACAUAUUUUUUUAUUAUUUAAAUGUUAGUGCGUAAAAUUCUCACGCAAUAUCAAAGUGACUUAUAUCGUCUGAAUAAGUAUAUAUUACUAUUUUGACUCCACAUAAUCAGUUCCGGUUAUUAAUUGCACUAUUAAAGUAUUAAGUGAUAUUGUGUAUAGUGUAACAAGCACAUUCUAUAUUGGCCUUAACUCGUUUAACACUGGCAGUUUGUAAUAAAACCGAACGUGCUCAUCAAAGUGAUAAGUUGUAUAUAUUAAAAAAAAAGAAAUAAUAAAUCAUAUCAUAUUUAUUAACACAA